UAUUUUGGAUAACUGACGUAAAUAGUUGUACCGUUGAUUCUCCAUAGUUUUCAAACUCUUACCUAGCACUAUAAAUGGUAAAAUCCCUAUCUACCGACUUUGGGGAAAUUUUUGGAAAAGCCUUGAUGGUGUCCUAAAUUGGCCUACAUCCUCUAUAUUUAUGAAGGCUUUUGGGCUUCUUUAUUGGAUUUUGUUGGUUUUCUCCUAAGUUAUUCGCAGGUUUUUGAAAAUUCUAGGUCUCUCCAAUAUCACUGGAGAUUUGUGGGUUUUUGGCUGCAUUUAAUUAUAGUUUGCAGUAAAUAACUCCCAAAAGUUGAUCAAAUCUUCCCUGAACUUUGGAGAUAGGUACUUAGAGAACCUAAUCAUUACUCUAUGGACGAGUGGGCUAAUUUACAAACCCGUUCUGAUUCUGUCUUGAUGAAUAACUUUUCAGGUUCAGAACUAAAGACAACUAAUUUUCAUAAUGAAGAGCCUCAGUGCAUUUAAGCGCGGAUCUUGUUAUCUGCAUCCAAAGUGAAGUUCAUGGAGGAGGAGUUUUCUGCAGUUAUCAAGGAAUAUCAGUCUGUUUUAGAGUCAGUGGAUAAAAAGGUCGCAUCAAUCGUUGCCGAUGACCGAUUCCUUAAUGACCUUAUUCAGAAACCAGAACAAGAAGGUGAAUCUGUACAUCUACCAUCCAAUAAAGAAGUGAUGAACACUAUAGAGGUUCACUUUGGGCGAGCUAUGCGUCUAACGUUAUUGAGAGGAGAUGGUGUAAGAUUACCUCUAGUAGUUCCUGUUGAUUCCCGUGUUUUGGAAUUGCGAUGGGCAGUACAAGAUGCAGUUACAUCGUAUAUGUACCAUCUCCGUAGUAUAUCACAGUUGCCAAAAGAUAAACUUAAAGGAGAUGCCGCUGACUAUAUUCCACUCAACAGUAUUCCUCCAAAAUUGAUUAGCUGGCGUUCCUUAUGGAGAACAAAAUGCUUAGCUCUGGUGAACCCGCACAGUUUGUGUCCACCAGAAGGCUUCCCAUCCAUUAGUGCUAGACUAGAAGUCUUAACUGAUAAGUUAUCGGAUUAUCAAAUUCGUAAUGGUGCAGUGAUCACUUUUGCUCCUCGACUUAAGCGAAAGUGAACAUCGUGUUAUUUUUAAAUCACUGAAAUAUAUUUAACUUUUAUAUGCUUUGAAUAUUUGUACUUACGAAAGUGUAAAUAACAUGAUCCUCAUGAGCU